UUAUCCGGAGAUACAGAGUCACGCUCUCAAGUGAAACUCUUCCUUCUUUCCAGACAACAUCUCACCUUCAAAACCCAAGAAAAAUCAAAUGGCGGAGAGUAUCGACAGCGAGAAGCAGAAUCUGACGUGGUGGAACCUCAUCCGUCCGAUCGCGAGCCUCGUGUUACCCUGCUGGGCCUGCGAGCCCUACCUCUCCUUCGACUCGGCCCCACACAACCCCAUCGUCAUAGGCACCAUCAUCUGCCCUCACAACGAAAAGGUACGCCUCUGCCUCCAGCAAGAUUCCAGAAGCUUCCCUUCCCUCCUCCUCGACCUCCCCCUACACACGUGCGAGUUCGCGGCCGAGAUCGACCGCGGCACGAGCAUGAUCGCGCUCCAGUGCGGCCGCGGCACGCGCGGGCCCCUCCUCGCCGCGCCUGCGUGGGCCGUGUACUGCAACGGGCGGAAGGUCGGGUACGCGACCAGGCAGCCAGUGACGGAGAAUGACACGUGGCUGCUGGAAACGAUGCGGACGGUGUCCGCCGGGGCGGGUUUUGUGCCCCGGAGGGCGUCAGAUUCCGGCGGGUUUAAGUACGUGAGGGGGAGGUUCGAGAAGGUGGUGGGGUCCGCGGAUUGCGAGUCGUACCAUCUGAUCGAUCCGUCGGGAUGCAUGGGGCAUCAGGAGCUGAGUCUUUUCUUCAUGAGGCUAUGAUGUGCGACCGGGCUCGGCUGAUUGGAGAGUCAGAGGCUCCAUUGGUGGGGCCCACGCAAGUGUUGUUUGUUCCGGUGUUAUUUCUGUAAAUAAAUCGGACGGCGAGGAUUCUUCUAAGAGUGGAUCCUCGUUAUUGAAUUGAAAAUUCAUUAAUCAAAAUAAACGGACUGGUUAUUAUCUCUGUAUAAAACGCGAGUAGCAAAUUGCCAAACUUACCAUCUCUACUCGUGUAUAAUCCGAGUAACUUUUGGACAUUUUUGCCCCUUAAUCAGUCACAGGACUGGAAAACUAUGCAUUUUAAGGGCUUAUUUAGUUUUCCAAUUACAAUUGUAGAUGUGUAAAUGGAUAAUAAUUAUUUAUUCUUAUAACUAUAUGGUGACAUCACUUA